AGCAGUCACGUGUCAUACCGUCCUAACGCCACUCUCGUCGGGUGCACAAGGGUUGUUUUGCCGGCAGUGCGUGUCUCGACGUGCCGAGUGGUCGGAGUGGAAAAUCAUUUUUACUGCUCUCCGUUUUCAACCGUUCGACUCGUUGUCGUCUACGUAAUUAUGUGUCGGACGGAAUCGACGCAAAGACUGAAAUAAUAAUAAUAAAAAAUUAAAAAAUUAAAUAUAAUUUAAUAACAUAAUAAAAAUAGAAACGAAUAGAAGUGAGAAAAAUUAUCAUCAAAAACACUAUGUGAUGACUCGGAAUAUCAAAACGGCUGAUUUUUUGUUGAAAAAUAAAAUACACGAAUCAGUGAACAAGAUAUGGAAAGAAUAAAAUGUUCAUGAUUCGUUUAUAAGCUACAUUUGAAGAUGGCUAAAAGUAUGCCAGCUAGAAAAAUAUCCUUCGUUGUGUCAACGUUGCUGUUACUUAUUACAGAACCUUUUGAUGUAAGUGAAGCAGUUCAAAUGAUUGGUGUAAAGAUUCCCGCGUACAUAUUUAUUGGAGAUUCUGUACAACUAUUUUGUAAUUAUGAUUUACAAAUGGACAAAUUAUAUUCAGUUUCGUGGUAUAAGGACAACGAAGAAUUCUAUCGAUAUGUUCCGGCGUCUAAGACACAACUCAAACACAGUUACUACAUGGAUGGAAUCACAGUUGAUCAAGUAUUCUCGGACAGUAAGAAAGUUACAUUGCGCUACGCUAACUUACUAAUGAACGGUGAAUACAAGUGUGAAGUAUCUGCUGAAGCACCAUUCUUUACAACAGUGCACGCUGAAUCCAAAAUGGCCAUCAUAAGUUUACCAAAGCCAAAGGAUCUGCCGAAAAUCAAUGGAGGAUCUGGAAUUUAUCAAAUUGGUGAUACUAUUUAUUUAAAUUGUACAUCCGCCAAAUCAUUCCCCGCUGCCAAAUUACGAUGGUAUAUCAAUGAUGAAAUGGUGGUUUCCAAUUACGACCGUACAGAAAAAUUAAACAGCGGUUUAUACAUCACCAUUUCCAAGUUGAAUUUAUCAGUAGCUCCCAGUCAUUUUCACGCUGGCAUAAUGAAAGUUGUAUGUCAAGCUUCCAUCAGUGUGGGACGCCCAAAAUCAUUACCACCGCCCCAGGAAUAUAAACGCGAUGCAAUACUUUUGGUACGUGGAUCAGCAGUAGCAAUGUGCAUAACAUUCAGCUUUAAAGUAAUAUUAAUAUCAUUAACGUCAACACUGUUUAUAAUAAACACAUCGUGAAAAUUGUAGAAUUGUUAUCCAAUCUUUUUGGCUUCUUCAUUGAAAUUAUGUUAAAUUUAAUGUUAUCUUGUUAUUCAAACAAAAUUGUAUAAUAUAGAUACCUUUUAUCUGCACGAGUUGUAACUACCUACGUAUUCAUAUUAUAACAUGUAAAUAUUUUUUUUUGAUAUUGUAAUAUUUUAGAAAACAAAAUUAUUUUAUAUAAUACUAC